UACACAUAUCCGUGGCGCUGCAUGAUGACGAUGUGCGCUUCGGACGUAAACAUGGAGAGAGACGCGCUGAAAAGGCAAAUCGAUCUGUUGCAAAGUCUCAUCAACAACCAUAAGAGUGUCCAUGGUGAUGUCCCUUCUACUUCUGGCCGGCAGUGGCACCCGGCGAGGCCACCGCCACGAGGCAGGGGUCACAGCUCAUCUUUCACCCCCACAUUCCCCUCCCGGGGUGGGCCUUACCCCCCUCAGUCCGCGGGACACUGGAGGAAGACCUACUCCCUCAAUAACAAGACCAGCUCAGCCCAGCAGAGUAGACCUACUAUACAGACUGCCAAGCACUCUUUAGAGCAGCCAUUAGUUUGUGCAGAACCCAACUCCUCUACUGGCUUGCUGUCCCUUAAUGCUAGAGGCACCUCACAGCCCAGACACAGCAAUAAGGACCUGGCUAGAGGAGAUAAGGAUGGAACAAAAUGUGCUAUGUCUGGGGAUCUAAAAGGACCAGGGCCAAGGGGCCAGCAGUGUGCACUCACAGGGGGAGUGAGAAGAACUGUGACUGGGACAGGCAGUGGAUCCACAGCUAUAGAGUCAGAGACUGAAUCAGGCAGAGGGAGAACAGGACCUGGGGGUGACGCUUGGCUAGGACUCUCUGGGCUAACAGGGCCUGGACCUCCAGAUGACCAGCAGAGAGAGACUAAACAUGAGUUUCAGCCUACCACUGAAGGGAAGGACAUGGGACUGCCUGUGAAAGCCACUGCCCUUGGAGAAAAUAAUACAGAAUUGACAAGUGUCCCUGUCUCAGACAAAUCUACUGUUACUACCACCAUGGUCCAGAGCACUGCUCAGCUGUAUAUCAGACCUCGUCACUCUGAGAGAACCAGCACAGGAGGUAAACACACUGUCAAGGCAACCACCGGCAACCUCAUCCUUAGCGAUACAAACCCACCUCUACUUCUUCCACCCCCUCUCUCUGCCUCCCCUAGUGCUCUACAAGGACCCCAACUAAGCCCCAUGUCCAAUUGCACACCAGCCCAGCCCCAGACAACCUCCUCUCCGCAGAGACACUCCAAGUUCACUUGGGUGAACAGCCAUCAGCCAGGAGGAGCUGGGCCCAGCCAGGCCAGAACAGAGGCCCAGCCCCCAGACAAACUCAUCACCUCUUCCCCCAUCCCAGUCUGCCAACCUGGGCUCCCCAGUAGAAGAGCCUCUGCCCCCAUCAAGAAGGUUCCCCGUAAGCUCAGUUUAUCCAUCGCAGUCCCGAAGACCACCAAGUACACCUGGGUGUCGUCUUCUGCAAGUGGCCAGGCCAGGCUGUCCCGGAAGCCCCUCUCACCCAAAGCCCUGGCUCUGCCCCAGAGAGCUCCAGAGAAGGGAGAGGGGGAAGCCAAGAAACCCAAAUCCCCAAGUCUUUUAGCCAAGCAGCGUAAGGCAGCAGGUGCCUCCACCUCCCUUAGUAGUCUCUACCGCUGGAAGGCAGGGUCUGGAGGGGGGCAGACUAGUACAGGAGGAGGGAUAGGGGCCCGACGUGGGUCUGUGUUUCGUUGGACCUCGGAGAAAGAGAACGGGGCCAAGGGGGUGUCCAGUGUCCCUCUAUCUAUAACUCAACGCAUAAUAGUGCCCCCCUCCUCCCCUGGAGGGUUCAAACUCAGGAGCAGGAUGAAGAUUAUCAGGAGGUCGGCUAGCAGUGAGUCUGGAUCAGAGCGGAGGUCCAGCCCAGCAGACAUGACCCUGAACAGCCGCUACUCUCUCCGCCGACGGACACACAGCCCGGUUCGGACACACACCCCGGUCUGGAGCCCGGGAGGUGUGAAGAGGACCCUGUCCCGUGAACUGGUCUCGUUCGGCAGACACAAGCUACGACGUCUCUCCCCCAGCCCCUCCAGGACAGGUAGAAGGACAGCACUUUAUUUGACAUUUUAUUUAACCGGGAAAAAUAAAUAAGAUCUUACUAAUUACGAUUACAUC